AUGGUACGUAAGGAUCUGCCUCCUACCGGAAGUGAAGAAUGGGGUCAUGGCCAGGUGCUGAUAACUACUCAGGAUAGCAGUUCGAUACCGUCCAAUGCUCCUCUAACUUACCAUGAGUCUCUCAGCAGAGGAAUGCAUCCCGAUGACGCACUAAACCUGUUACAACAGGUAUCUCAGAUUCAGAAUCAAGAACAGGCUGAAAAGGUCGCUGAGGUUCUUGAGUAUCAGCCACUCGCUCUAGCAGCCGCUGCCUUUUAUGUGCAAACCGUUAGGGACAAUGGUUCUCCAAACUACAGUUGGACAAACUACUUGGAAAGACUUUCCCAAGGGGGACGCGAAGCAGCAGAAAACGUUCUUGCAAACGAGAACACAGCGUAUUCCAAGACAACAACUUCUGCCGUUAGAAUGGCAAUUACCAGUGCUUUAGAAAGUGAUGCAGUUCUUCGGCAGGUAUUUUGCUUGUUUUCGCUUUGCGCACCUGAGUCUCUUCCAAUGGAAAUUGCUGUUGACUUUGUUAAGUUGCGUGGUACCCUGAAAAUAGACGAACUGAUUAGAGCAAAAUGUUUUAAAUCCUCUUUAUUUUCCUGCUUGUGUGACGAAGAAGGCACAGGUACUUUUAUAAGGAUGCAUAACAUUGUUCAUGAAGUGCUUAAGUCAAUUAUGACAUUUGAAAUGGAUAGACUUCAGUGUUUUUCUGUUGCUAUUGAGAGUUUUCAUUCCUACAUGGAAACCAACAAAAAUUUAAUGCGUUCAAGUAGGCGUGUGUUUGCUAAGUUGCGCAUGACAGCGAAUCAUUGUAACGUAUUACAUGAGAUUCUAAGUAGUUGUUUCGCUCGGAGUAAUUCGGAAAUAAUUCUAAGAGCAAUUACCCCAGCUAAGUUAAUUUCGUGGCUGUCCUUAGCUGCUGAUGUUUGCUGUGAUCUUAGUAAUCCAUCACAGGCAUAUACCUUCAGUUCACCAGGAUGUAAUUUUGUAAAUUUUCUAAAUGAUUCACCAAAAGACCAGUUAUUAACAGCUUGCACCUACAGUACACAGGGGAAUGUUUACAGAAACCUCGGCCAGUACAGAAAAGCUAAAGAAUACCAUGAGAAGGCCCUUACCAUCAGAAACAAUAUUUACGAUGAACACCAUGGUGAAGUCGCAGCAAGUCUUAACAACCUGGGAACUGUUCACCGGAUCCUUGGCCAGUACAUUCAAGCUAAAGAGUACUAUGAAAAGGCUCUCAAGAUAAGAAAAGAGAUUUUCGGGGAGAACCAUGGUGACGUAGCAGCAAGCUACAACAAUCUGGGAUGUGUUUGCGACCAGCUUGAUCAGUACAGCCAAGCUACAAAAUAUUAUGAGAAGGCUCUCGCCAUAAGAAAAGAGAUGUAUGGAGAAACACAUGUUGACGUGGCAGCAAGUUACUUCAAUCUAGGUAGUGUUCAUACAGACCUUGGCCAGUACAGUCAAGCUAAAGAUUACCAUGACAAGGCUCUAAGCAUCAGACAAGAGAUUUGCGGUAAGCUCCAUGCUGACGUAGCAGCGAGCUACAAUAGCCUGGGAAUUGUUUACAGUGACCUUUGCCAGUACCAUGAAGCUAAAGAGUACUACGAGAUGGCUCUGAUCAUUAGAAAAGAGAUUUAUGGUGAGCACCAUAGUGAUGUAGCAGAAAGCUACAACAACCUUGCAACUCUUAACAGUGUACUUGGCCAAACCUGGCAAGCUAAAAAAUACCAUGAGAAGGCCUUAACUUUACACAAAAAGAUUUACGGUGAACACCAUGGUUACGUUGCGGCGGGCUACUACAACCUUGGAAUUGUUUACAGUGAUCUUUGCCAGUACGGUGACGCUAAAGAAUACUAUGAGAAGUCUCUGACGAUUAAAAAAGAGAUUUACGGCGAAUAUCAUGGUGACGUGGCAGCAAACUACAACAGCCUGGGAAAUGCGAACCUUCGUCUUUGCCAGUACAGAGAAGCCAAAAUCUGCUUUGAGAGGGCUCUGGUCAUUACAAGAAAGAUUUACGGCGGGCGGAACGGGCCGGAAGUGGCAAGAAUCUACGAUAACCUGGGAAGUGUUUACAGAAAUAUUUGCCAAUACAGUGAGGCUAAAGAAUACCAUGAAAAGUCUCUUAUCAUAAGAAAAGAGAUUUACGGUGAACACCAUGGUGAUGUAGCAGCAAGCUACAACAAUCUUGGAAUUGUUUGCAGUGACCUUGGCCAGUAUAGUCAAGCUAACGAUUACCAUGAGAAGGCUCUAACCAUUGGAAAAAAGAUUUGCGGUGAACACCAUGGAGACGUAGCAAUAAGCUACAACAAUCUGGGAAAUGUUUACAAAGAACUUGGCCAGUACAGUCUAGCUAAAGAAAACUACGAGAAGGCCCUAUCCAUCAGAAGAGAGAUCUACGGUGAACACCAUGGUCACGUAGCGCAAAGCCACAACAACCUGGGGGAUGUAUACAUUGCGCUCAGUGAGUACGACCAAGCUAAAGAACAUCUUGAAAAGGGUCUGGCCACGAGAAAAAAGAUUUACGGUGAACACCAUGGUGACGUAGCAAAAAGCUACUACAACCUUGGAAGGUUAUACAGUGACCUUGGAAAGUGCAGUGAAGCCAAAGAACACUUUGAGAAAACUCUAACUUUGUGUAGAGAAAUUUACGGUGAACACCACGGCGAAGUAGCCACAAUCUACAGCAGCCUGGGAGAUGUUUACAUUAAGCUUAGCCAGUUCAAUGAAGCGAAACAACAUCUAGAGAUAAGUCUCAAAAUAAGAAAAGAGAUUUAUGGUGAACAUCAAAAAAAUCAUAAAAAAGUGGCAUCAAGCUACUUCAGCCUAGGAAGGGUUUACAGUAAGCUUGGUCAGUACAGUCAAGCUAAAGAAUACUAUGAGAAGGCUUUGACCAUUAAAAAAGAGAUUUUCGGUGAACACCAUGAAGACGUAGCACAAAUCAAAAACAACCUGGGAAAUGCUUACAUAGAACUUGGCCAGUACACUCUGGCUAAAGAGCAUCUUGAGAAAGCUCUCACAAUUAGAAAAGAGAUUUUUGGUGAACACCAUGAUUACGUGGCACAAAUCAAAAACAACCUGGGAAAUUUUUUGACAAAAACUUGGCCAGUACACUCUGGCUAAAGAGCAUCUUGAAAAAGGGGUCUCACAAUUAGAAAAGAGAUUUACGGUGAACACCAUGAUGACGUAGCAGAAAGCUACUUGAACCUGGGAAAUGUUUACAGUGGCCUUGGCCAAUACAGUGACGCUAAGGAGCUCUAUGAAAAGGCUCUAGCUAUUGUAGAAACGAGUUUCGGUGAACACCAUGGUCUGAGCUUGGCAGUAUGCUACAAUAACCUGGGGAACGUUUACAAAAACUUUGGCCAGUACAGUCAAGCUAAAGAUCACUAUGAGAGGGCUCUAGCCAUUGAUAGAAAGAUUCAUGGUGAAUACCAUGGUAACGUACAAUCAAGCUACAGAAACCUGGGAAAUAUUUGCAGUAACCUUGGCCAGUAUAGUCAAGCUAAAGAACACCAUGAGAAGGCUCUAACCAUCGGGAAAAAGAUUUAUGGUGAAAACCACGGUUUCGUUGCAGCAAGUUACAACAAUCUGGGGAAAGCUUGCAGUGACCUUGGCCAGUACAAUCAAUCUAGAGAAUACCUUGAGAAGGCUCUGUCCAUUAACAAAGAGAUCUACGGCGAAUACCAUGGUGACGUGACACUUAGUUACAAUAACCUAGGGGUGGUUUAUAGCCACCUUAGGCAGUAUAGUAAAGCAAAGGAGAACCACGAGAAGGCUCUAACUAUUACAAAAGAGAUUUACGGUGAGAAGCACAAUUUUGUUGCCCAAAGUUAUUCAAAUCUCGGCUGCACUUACAGUGACCUAAACCAGUAUCAUCUAGCUAACGACUGUUUCCAAAAGGCUUUGAACAUAUAUAAAACAGUUUACGGUGAACAACAUGCUGAAGUGGAAAGAACGUAUCAGAACUUAAGAAUCGUUAAAAUGCGACAAGUAGAAGAAGUUCUCAGACCAUACAACAUCUGUUGCCAGGAGCAUUAUUAUUAUAAUUUGAACCUCAGCUGGCAAUUUUAUCCGACGAUCUAAAGAUUAUAUCUGUCAUUUAUCUCAUAGAAACUCAUCUGAAUUACGUUUAGUGUUCAGGUAAUUCAGUGAAAGGGGCCAUGUCAUGCUAUUUUCCAUAUUUUUUAUAAAGCUAAAACGUGUCUUUCCGUUAAUUGUAUUCCGAAAAUAAUGGCCCAGAUUUGUUUUUUAAGACUUAAAUUAGGCAUGGAAACCGUUUCCUGUCGUCUAUAGAUGGUUUUCACAGUGACGUCAUCAAAUUGUAAAGUCAAAAUAGCGAGGUUUUACGAAUUCUCAUUUACACUAGGUUAAAGAUAAACAAAAAAUCUCUGAACAAGUUUCCAUUCCCGUAGCAUGUUUCAUUUGGAAAAUACAGCAAUUUGAACUUCCAAGUUUUCACUGUGCGUGACACCAAAAUAGGAAUGCUGUCUCGUUGAAAAAAAGUCUCUCCUCUUGAUUUUCAGCAGCAUAACCAUUUCAACUAUUAGAAGAUUUAUGUUUAUGCGCACGUAUGCUAGUUCUCGAGUGAAAAGAAAGAGCUUUUAUACAAAAAGUGAACUCCAGAUGUUUUUGUUGAUUUCCGGCGGCCAUAUUGGUGCACCAAAACGAAUAAAUAUCAAACCAGAAAUUUCUCUCUUCAAACUGUAAAUUAUAAAUGAUCCUGAGAGAAUAUUCAGUGUGUUAAGGAUUUCCCUGCUGUACUGUUAGCUCCAUACAAGAGAGGAAGGGCGAUUCUUUUUUAAUUUCCGUUUCGCUGACACAGAUUCAGCAGAAAUCUCUCUUUAGUCGUUUUCGUCGACAAAACAAAUAGCAAUAUCGCUCUCCGCGUCUUCUGCCAUUUUUUUCUGCGUCAAUUCGUGAAGGACGCGUGGCUCUGAGCGUGGGUCAUCCACCCGGAACACAUUCGCGCUAUGUGAUUGGCCGUUGUCUAACCCCCCUUGGGAUCUAUGGCCUUAAAA